GUAAGCCAGACAAAGUUUAGUUACUCUUUGCUCUUAGUUAGCUAAAUUCAUCAAACUCGAGAUAGUUUUAUUUUUUGUUUAAGUACUUCAUAGGAUAUUCGACACUGUUCGUAAACCAUCGACAUGUUAACCUAUCUAGAUAUCCAUUUAUCGUACACGCUAUCAAUCAUCGGUAUUUUAAUAUUAAUAACUCGUCCGUUUAUCAAUCGAUUGGAAAUUUUUAAAAUUGGAUGUAUAAGCGCUAUAGCUGUACUAUACGCAAUACCGUUCUACAACUAUUAUGUGUACAACGGAGCUAAGACGACGUGUUCGCCGGAGUCGGUUUUAGCCGUCAUUGGUAAUGUACCCGUCGAAGAGUACAUUCUUGUGAUUUUGCAAACCGUUCUUACAUCAUUGUGGGCAUCGAUAUUCGUCCAGUGGUCAACUCCGUGCUUGAACUUCAACUACGACAAACAUAGCUACCAGUUGAUUCGUUGGUUACCGAUAUCCCUGUUAAGUGUCGCCACGGCGGCCGGCUACACAAUGGCCGUGCCGGAAAGUGAGAAGUUUUACUUGGGAUGCAUACUGUGUUGGGCGUCUCCGGCAAUCAUUCUCAUGUGGUACGGAGCUGGCAAUUUUUUCGUGAAAAAGAUCAUAUCAUCGUCGAUUGCGAUCGCGGGCCCUACGUUGUUCAUGUGUUGGAUUAAUCGGACGACCGUAAAAGACGACUUCGACUUGGGCGAGUCGGCGCUAGAAGAAGUGUUAUUUUUCUUCGUCACAAAUCUGAUGGUCGUCUUGGCCGGAUCAUCCUACGACAAGGCAUACGGUAUAAUAGUCACGUAUUCGUUGGAUUUCCCUCAUCAGUUCAGUGUUAGCUUGAGAUUCAUUCGACAAAUGAUAAGAGCAUUCAUGACAUCGGAAUAUUCUACUCCUUCUGACGUGACGCAAGAUAUUAAGACAAGCCUUAAGGUCUUAAGUACUUCGAAUGCGUUUGGUACUUCCAAUUAUUUAUUCCAUGCUGGUAUACGACUGGAUUUAAUAAUUUUGUACGCAUUUUGUCGUGUAACGGACGAAAUGUUUGACAACAGAACGGACGAGAAAAAGAAAAAACUUAAAUUAGAGCUAUCCAAACAAUUCAUCAGUGAAGUUUUUGCUGACAGAAAAUCAGAUUAUGACGUUAAAAAAACACCACAAGAAGUAAAAAUCGAUUGGCGAAAAUACGAAUCCGAAUUCACUGAUGUCGAAUUAUCAUCUUAUCGUGCAGUAUCUAGAAUUGCAUUUUUUCUGCCCCGUAAGCCUUUCGAAGAGUUAUUCGCGGGUUACCAAUGGGAUCUCGAGUUUACGUUGGUUCGAGACGAAAACGAUUUAAUGUUAUACACCACAUACGUAGCCGGAAGUAUUGGUGCAUUAUGCCUAUAUGUAAUCAUAUACAGAUAUGGUAAUGACAUCAAUGAUCUCGUCGACAAGGCUGAUUAUCUGACUAAACAUGCAUACAAAAUAGGACAAGGUCUACAACUCGUGAAUAUUGCUCGGGACCUCGUAACUGACAGCGAAUCAUUGGGUCGGUGUUACUUUCCAGCUGCAUUCAUGGACGAUGAAAAAGAAGAUUUAAGAAUGUUAUGCCAAGAAAAAAAUCCCAGGGCUUUGGGAAACAAGAAGUUGAAGAAAUACUCUUCGAAAAUGAUACAAUUGGCUAACAAAAAGCAAUUCGAUUCAGUGGGUGCUAUCAAAUGUUUGCCACAAGAUUUAAUAGGUUCAGUUCUAGCGGCUACUGAACUGUACCGUGGGCUAAUUAACCUAAUACAGUCGUGUCCAAUUUACCCAACCAGAGCAUCAUUAUCAAAUUUAAAUAAAUUAUUAAUUUUACUUAAUACUCUUUACAUUAAAAGCAUCCAAUACAUUUUUUAAGUAUAAUUAUAAUAUACUUGUAGUUCAAACAUACGUGUCCUGAUCAUAAUACAUAGUUUAUAAAUUUGCAUUAAACAAGAAUAUUAAGUGAAAAUUCAUUUUUAUUUUAGAUUUCAAUAAAUUUAAACUAGUUAAAAAAAAAUGUAUUCAUUGUUUUAAUUAUAACUGUUUAUAACAAUUGCAAAAUGUUUAUUUAUGGUUUUGUAAUUUUAAAAUGUGUUUCAUUGAAAAUAUAAAAGAAUAAUAUG